AUGAGCAGUUCCUGUGUGUCACUGGCCGAGGUCCUGUGGGCAAAAGGAAGCCCUUUGGAGGAAGAAGAUAUUUGGGCACUCUUGUACCUGGCCACAGCGCAGCUUCUUGAGGACCUUCACAAAGACCCCACCAUCUGUGUGAUUUGCCCGUGGUCAGUGCUACUGUCUACUGAAGGAAAUUUGUCUUUCCAAAACAAUGUAUUGCAGUCAGAAGCUGUCCCUUUCAGUGCACCAGAACUGCUCUACGGACGAAGUAAAAACAAACACGCUGGACUAACAAAGAUGUUGGUGUAUUCCUUAGGAAUGACCUUCUACUGGUCAGCAGACUAUCAGGUUCCUCCAAACCAGUCCCUUCAGCUGAGUGACCAACUACACACUCUCUUGCUGACACUAUGUGAAGAUCUGCCACAUAAAAGACUUUCCCCUGAUUCAAUUCUGGAAGCAUGUGAAGCACAUCAGAAGGAAUCCUACAGCUUACCAGCAAAUGUCUACAUAAAGAAAAUGGUUCAGCUUGUGCUGGGAAGUGUCAGUGAGGUAGAACGGGCAGUCACUGAAGACAGCACAGCCUCUCAGCUUAGCAGAAGUCAUGUGAUAAGGAAAAGACUGCACGAGAAAACAUCGGACACUUCGGCAUUGUCCUCCCGGAUGAACUUCCACGCAGACAAAGGAUCCAGAUUAAUGAAUUACAGUCGAUCAACAGAAGAUUACAGACAACUCUCUGUGGAUUAUAGUGACUCUAAUAGUAUUUCAGAAAGUACAUCUUUGAUACUUUCUAAUCGAGGACACAGGAGAGGUUUGUUGAAGCUAACACAGUUUUCAGGUCCAGAAUUUGUUAUUUUGUCUAGUGAACCACCAGUGACCUUACAGCUGCCUGGAUCAAUUGUAACUAAAAAAGGGAAAUCAUACUUGUCCCAAAGGGAUCUCAAUGUGAUUCUGCUCAACGGGCAGUGCCUUGAGGUGAAAUGUGACAUCAAGUCUAAGGCAAGAGAUGUUUUCAACACCGUGGUGGCGUAUGCAAACUUAGUGGAACAUUUCUACUUCGGCCUGGCUUACCUGAAAGGUAAAGAGUUUUUCUUUUUGGAUGAUGAGACCAAACUCUACAAAGUGGCCCCAGAAGGCUGGAAUGACCAACCCAAGAAGAAAACUUCUAUCAUUAAUUUCACACUUUUUCUAAGGAUAAAAUUCUUUGUCAACCACUUUAAUGUUAUCCAGCACAGCUUGACAAGGCAUCAGUUUUACCUGCAGCUUCGUAAAGAUAUUUUGGAAGAGCGGUUAUAUUGUAAUGACGAGACUUCCCUGAAACUUGGUGCUUUGGCUUUACAGGCAGAGCUUGGCAAUUACGCUUCUGAGAUGCAUGGAAAGAGCUAUUUUCGUGUUGAGGACUACGUUCCAGCAAGCCGAAUAGAGAAAAUGACCCUAGCAAGCGUACAGCGAGAGCUUGCUAAAUUGCAUCGCAUGAAUCGUUCCCUCUUUGAGGAUGAAGCUGAACUAGAAUUUUUAAAGGUGACUCAGCAGCUCCCUGAGUAUGGAGUGUUAUUCUAUCGAGUGUCCCAAGAAAAGAAAACAGCAGGAGGAGACAUCAUCCUGGGAAUCUGUGCCAAAGGCAUCAUUGUAUAUGAGGUCAAAAAUCACACAAGAAUUGCCAGUUUAAGAUUCCAGUGGCGUGAAACAGAGAGAAUUUCAGCUCAUAGAAAAAAAUUCAUGAUUGAAAGCAGCUUCAGUGGCAAGAAACAUACAUUCAUUACUGACACAGCAAAGACUUGUAAAUAUUUACUGGACCUCUGUUCUGCCCAACACAAAUUCAAUGCACAAAUGAAUUCUAGGCAACUUCGACAAGCGUCAUCAGAGGACAGUAAAUUUAUGGAAAUAGACAAAUCAAAUUCUGCAUAUGCAACUCAGCAUGAACACCUAGCCCUGAUUCAGAGACUGUCUCGAUCAGAGAAUGUGCUCUAUGGGACAAACCUGGAAAACCUUUCUGCUGGGAUGAUGAGCAAAUCUUGUGAUAACCUCAGUGUGGAAAUCAGCAACAGGACUAGAGACAAAAGUAAUCUCGGCAGAUCUACAUCAGGGCUAUCCCAGUCAGAAAUGCACAUCAAUCUGAAUGAAAAGCAAAGGAGUUAUGACUACCUCUCUAUCCAUUCAAAUCAGAACACAAUGAGCGCACCUGGAUCACCAGUCAUCCAAAGGGAACGUUUGCUAAGUGGUCUAGAAAGAGAAAUAAUUUGUGUCACCCUAAAACGCGACCCUAAGAAUGGCUUUGGUUUUGUAAUUAUUGGAGGAGAAAAUGUAGGAAAAUUAGACCUUGGUAUCUUUAUUGCUUCAAUUAUUCCUGGGGGACCUGCAGACAGAGCUGGAAAUAUCAAACCAGGUGGGCGACUCAUCUCUGUGAAUAGUAUUAGUCUUGAGGGUGUUUCAUUUAAUACUGCAGUUAAAAUUAUACAGAAUUCUCCUGAUGAAGUGGAACUAAUCAUCUCUCAACCCAAAGAUAUUUAUGAAGAAGGAUUCAAUGAAGAAAAGAGUCUAUCAAGAAGGAACAGCACUAGUGGAUCUGAGAUCUCCUGUGUAGACAGUGGGAGAAGAAAGAUUCAAGAUUGUCAUACUGCUCCCUCCAAAGAAGAAGACAUAAAUAUAGAUGAACUUGAGAAAGCUCUUUCCUGGAAUUUAGCACCAAAAUUGGGCCCCAGGAUUCCAGUUCUUUCAGUUGACGGCCUGGAUGUGGAGGAAGCUGACUGCUCGCACUUACAAUCUCCGGCUGAAGCCAGCUCAAAUGAUACCUAUACUGUGGAGCUUGUCAAAGAAGACGGGACUUUUGGAAUCAGUGUGACUGGUGGAAUUAACACUAGUGUGCGCCAUGGUGGGAUAUACGUGAAGUCAAUUAUUCCCGGGGGACCAGCAGAUAAGGACGGACAAAUAAAGAUAGGUGAUCGUCUGCUGGAAGUAGAUGGAAUCAGCCUCUGUGGGAUCACACACAAGCAGGCUGUGGAAAGACUUAAGAAAUCUGGUCAGAUUGCCAAGCUUGUUCUAGAAAGGGGACACCACCGACUGGCAGAGCUGCACAUGACUGCUAAGGACAGAAGGGAGGAGGACCAAUGUGCAGUUGUUCCUGUGGCAACAUCCUUCACAGAUGGUACCAAGGACUAUUCCUUUGUGACAGAUGAUAAUACUUUUCAAGUCAAAUUGACAAAGAAUUCUGGAGGCCUUGGAUUCAGUUUUCUGCAAAUGGAAAGAGAUUCCUGUGAACACCUUGGAGGAGCUAUUGUCAGGAUCAAAAGACUGUUUCCAGGGCAGCCAGCUGAAGAGAAUGGAGAAAUUGAAGUCGGAGACAUUAUUUUAGCUGUGAACGGGAAACCUACUCAAGGACUCUCGUAUCAGGAUGUCCUCCACUUGUUGAGAGGAGCUCCUCUGGAAGUCACACUUCUCCUCUGCAGACCACCAAAAGGUGUUCUUCCAGAAAUAGAGCCAAGUGCCCUGACUCCAGCACCAUCUCCAAUUAAAGAAUUUGUGGCAGAAAUACCAGUCAGUCCAGAGAUAGGAGAUGGUUUGGAUCAAUUUACUAGUGAUGGGGGUAGCACCUCUCCAGAACUGGAAGACUGCCUAGAUUCUCCAGUGGCAGCAGAUUUCAGUGAGCCACCUGAAGACGACAGCUCAACUAAUGAAGAGCAAGAAGCAGAGACUCAAGAGAACCCCUUACAGACACUUAUGCCUCCCAGGGAAAGCUGCUAUAGACGCCUUUGGAAGUUUCAUCAAGAAGCUGCCAGUUCUGAAAUGUUCCAGUCCUUAGAGGAAGAAGUGAGGCAGAACUGCUACUCACCAUGUGAAUUUGGAUGGGCCAAAAGCCCUGUAUUUAAUAAGACUGAUGAUGACCUAUCCAAAACAAAUUGCAUGCCUGAAAUUCUCUCUCUAACCCCUAUUGAUGAAGAGUAUCUCACCAUCAGCUCUACAUCUGUGACCUCACUUUCACGGGGAGGAAGCUCUGAGAGACUGUCCUCAACCAUGGCCACCCCACAACCAUGUGACCCUUUCUCAUCAUCCCUACCUGCUAGAGUGCCACGUGACAGUGACAAUGAAUGGGAAGAUCUGGAGGAACAGGAGGAAGAGGAGAAGGCAGAAAAGGAGGAUUGCUCUAGGGUAUGUGGAUAG